CGCUCCAGCGGCGGCUCCUCCGUCCUUCGCGGCGGCGGCAGCGGCGGCAGCGGCGGCGGGUGAGGUGCGGGAGCCACCCGGGCAGCAUGGUGAUGGCCGAGCCCCGGCGGCUUCCCCCGGCCGCCGCGCUGCUCCUGCAGCCGCCGCCGCCGCAGCAGCCGCCGCCCCGCGGCGCCUCGGUCCCGGUGCGCGUCGGCUUCUACGAGAUCGAGGGCACGCUGGGCAAGGGCAACUUCGCCGUGGUCAAGCUGGGCCGGCACCGCAUCACGCGCAGCGAGGUGGCGAUUAAAAUUAUCGACAAAUCUCAGCUAGAUUCUGUGAACCUGGAGAAAAUUUACCGGGAGGUACAGAUAAUGAAAAUGCUGGACCAUCCACAUAUUAUCAAACUUUAUCAGGUAAUGGAGACCAAAAGCAUGUUGUACCUUGUGACAGAAUAUGCCAAAAAUGGAGAAAUAUUUGAUUACCUUGCUAAUCGGGGACGUCUGAGUGAGCCUGAUGCCAGGCGCAAAUUCUGGCAGAUCCUCUCGGCUGUGGAAUAUUGUCAUGGCCGGAAAAUUGUGCACCGGGAUCUCAAAGCCGAGAAUCUUCUGCUCGAUAACAACAUGAACAUUAAAAUAGCAGAUUUUGGGUUUGGAAACUUCUACAAAAGUGGUGAGCCCCUGACAACAUGGUGUGGAAGUCCCCCUUAUGCAGCCCCUGAGGUCUUUGAAGGCCAGCAGUACGAGGGGCCCCAGCUGGACAUCUGGAGUAUGGGUGUGGUUCUCUACGUCUUAGUUUGCGGAGCUUUGCCUUUUGAUGGACCAACACUCCCCAUCUUGCGGCAACGGGUUUUGGAAGGAAGGUUCCGUAUCCCCUAUUUCAUGUCCGAAGAGUGCGAGCAUCUUAUCCGGAGGAUGCUGGUUCUGGAUCCAUCCAAGAGACUGAGUAUUGCUCAGAUUAAGGAACACAAAUGGAUGCUCAUAGAAGUUCCUGUGCAAAGGCCCGCUCUCUACUCCCAGGGGCAAGAGAAUGAACUUUCCAUUGGAGAAUAUAACGAGCAAGUCCUGCGGUUAAUGCACAGCUUGGGAAUAGACCAGCAAAAAACCAUUGAGUCCCUGCAGAACAAGAGCUACAACCACUUCGCUGCUAUCUAUUACUUGCUUAUAGAGAGGCUCAAGUCGCACCGCAGUAGCUUUCCAGUCGAUCAGCGGUUGGAUGCUCGCCAGCGGCGGCCCAGCACCAUCGCCGAACAAACGGUCGCCAAGGCUUCUGUCGCCCCUGUGAACUUGCAUGCUCAGAACGUGCGGCUGCGGAGGUCUCUCGGGCUGCCACCGACGGCAGAAGCAUUCUCCUUUCCCAGGUCUGUCUGCCAGGCGGAAUCGACUUUCAUGGAGGAAGAGAGAAUUGACACACCCAAAGUGAACGGUUGCCUGUUGGAUCCUGUUCCCCCAGUGACGGCAAGGAAAGGAUGCCAGUCCCUGCCAACCAGCAUGAUGGAAACCUCGAUCGAUGAAGGGAUAGAAGCAGAAGGGGAAUCUGAAACAGAUCCUGCUCAGGCCUUUGCGGCGCUGCAAGGGACUCGCUGCGGGAAGAGGCGACAUACCCUGGCAGAAGUGACCAAUCCCCUCUUGGCCAUGCCAGGCCCAGGAAAGGUCUUUUCCGUGGAUGAGAACCAGUCCUUGAGCAGCUUCGACUCGGAAUAUGACGUGGGAUCUAUCCAGAGGGAUUUAAACUUCCUGGAAGACGCCUCGUCCUUGAAGGAGAUGGUCCUGGCGAACCCGCCCACCCCGACAAUGACCCCCCCCUUCAUCGGCCUGAGGCCUCCUAAUCCAGCCAUGCAGGCGCUGGCUGCCCACAAACGAGAAGCCCACAAUCGCUCCCCUGUCAGCUUCCGGGAGGGGCGCAGAGCAUCGGACACCUCCCUGACGCAAGGAAUUGUAGCAUUCAGACAGCAUCUUCAGAAUCUGGCCAGAACCAAAGGAAUCCUGGAGCUGAAUAAAGUCCAGUUGUUGUAUGAUCAGAUGAGGUCAGAAGAUGAACCGGAAUCCACGUCUCCUCACUUGCAGAACCUUGGGGGUGGUUCCCGGCAGGGGGAGGCCUUGCAGCAGCAGGACGCCGCUUCCAGCUUUUCGAACAGCAUGCACCCCCCUUUGCUGUCCAGGCGUCAGAGCUUGGAAACGCAGUAUUUGCAGCACAGGCUCCAGAAACCCAGCCUGCUUUCCAAAGCCCAGCAUGCGUGUCAGGUGUUUUGCAAGGAGAUACCCCGGAGCCUCGAACAGCAGCUACAGGAGCACAGGUUGUAUCAGAAGCACCUGUUUCUCCAGAAGCAGUCCCAGCUGCAGGCCUACUUCAACCAGAUGCAAAUAGCCGAGAGCACCUACUCCAGAUCCAGCCAGCUGCCCCUCCCCUGCCACGAAGACCCACCACCUCCUUCCCAGUUCGCCAUGGUGCAGCCCUUGAGCCCCGUCCUGGAGCCUUCUGCGGAAGACAUGCAAUACGACCCUUUCCUUAGCCAGUAUCCAAAGCUGCAACUUGACCCGCCGUCUCCUGCCCCCGUCCACGGCUCAUCCCCGUUGCCAUCGCAGCUUCCCAUGCAGCCGCCGCCUCCCCCACCACCACAGCAACAGUAUUCCUAUCAGACUUGUUGCGAAGGGCCAGCCGGCCCCUUGUCUGACCUGGACUAUGCUGGCCAGCAUCAGUAUCCCCUGGAUCCCACCCAGCAGAGUGGCGUAGCAAUGACCACUGCCCGGAGGGACUCCGAGUCUCCCGGGUCUCAGUCCAGCUAUGACACCUUAAAUCUUGCACAGUUGCCCGGGCUCUUUGAUUGCGAAAUGAUGGAGACGGUUGAUCCUCAGCAUGGAGGGUAUGUCCUGGUGAACUAACAGCUUUGAAAGCUUUCUGGAGGGGAGGCUGGUUGGUUGAAGUAAAGUCACCAAACCCGUGCCUGUCUUCAGCCUCUGUGGCUUCGUCUCCAGUCCUCAACCUUCACGGAUGAACCCCUGAACUCUCUGGACUGGCACUAGCAGAGAAGGAGCGAGAACCACUUUUCGAGAGAGCCUGCUGGCAGGGCUGAAGACGAGCCCUGCACCUUCAACAGAACAAAGGACUCCUUUGAAGGGAAGGGGACAGCCUGCUUCUGAGAAGGAAGGAAGUGGUGUCCCUCCAGAACCUUUGGUAUUCUGCUAACCAUGCAGCCGCCGUCAGAGGAAACCUGGGAGAGUUCAGGAAGGAGAGUGAAUUUGCUCUGCACCAUACUUGGCAAUAAAAGCAAUACAUUUUUCAUUGGAAUUUGGCCGAGAUGUAGUUGACGUUGAAGCCAGUCAGGAACACAGUGUGCCCAGGGCGUUGAGAAUUGGUCGGCCAAGGCAGGCUAGGCUGUGGAUGAUCUUCAGAGGACAUGCAAGACCUCCUCUGCUUCUCUACUUCUUUUUCUCGGUUGGUGACUGGCAGGGAGCUCCUAAUCUUUGCACACCUUGAGGAGUCACCCUGGAUAGUCAGCGAAAGUGUCCCUAGAUCUGUGUCAAAGUUAAACCUGGAGUUAACAUCUGGGAUUUCUGAGGUGCUCCGAAGAUCAGCAGGGAAGGGGCGGGGGACUGAAGCUCAGCCGCAUCGGGGACCUUGGGGAGAGCUUGGAUCACGGACAAAUUGUUAUAAGCUGCCCUUCGUAGCUUUUCCUUUUUUUAGAGGAAGCAAACCUACUUGGACGUAAAGAGUGUGCAUUGGUGGUUGUUCUUAGGCUUUACGUAUUUGGGCAAUUAUUUAGGGGUGUAGUGUUUUACGGGCAGAGCAAAAUAAGCUUAUCAGAAAACCCAUGUGAAGUGAUAGUGCUGUGCCUUUUUUCAGUUCUUUCUGAGACCUUUUCUUUCUCUUUUUUAAUUUCCGGAGUUUAAAAAACCGCCCCAUCCGUUGUCCAGGCUGACACCAAAGUCCCUUCAGAGACCAGGUUCCACCAUGUGGAAUGCAGGUUUAAUGUUUUUUCCAUACGUAUUUCUGACUCGCUCAUCUGUAGAUCUGAUUUUUUUCUUUGUUUCCUUAAAAGAAGUAUUGCAGCAAUAUUUAGGAUCAGUAACCGUUGACUUGUUAAUCACUUCAACAGGUGUCUGCUCUGCAAAGCAUUUGCCUCCCUAGGAAGAAUGUGAGAACACUUUGAAUUUGCCUCAGGAGGGGGUUUUUAGCAUUUGACUCCGACCGUGGGGUUUCAGGCCUUCUGGCAGAAGCUGGCAAAGAUUGAAGCACAACAUCCAUUCGUUUAAGCACAAAAAAUGGUAAUCCAGCAAAGCUGCCUGGUAGAAAGCAAGGGGGGGCCUCGGGUUUCAUUCUGGGCUCCACUCAUGUUGGGGCUGAGCCCCUCAAUGCCCCAGCCCUGCCCGGAAUGGCUCUCCAAACUUGGCACAAAGAAAUCCUAUGCUGAAAUAAGGCCGCCCAGCCCUAGUUUGGAAGGGGCACAGGGACGGCCUGGAACAGGACAGCCCGCGUGCAGGUGGCCCACCCUGAUGGCAGGUCCGCUUCCCCCCCACCAGCCCUGGCCCUUCCGAGAAGGCGGCCGUGUUCCCAUGGGGUGGGGCUUCUGGCUUUUGAGGGUGCUUCUCCCCCAGGUGUUUCGUGCCCAGUGGAGCAGGUGUAAAAACCUUACGUCCGCCCCUCAGCUCCUGGAGUGCUUUUCAUCAAAAAGAGUGUGGGAAGAGGUCAGCCCCAACCUUCUUUACUUGCAAGCCACGGGAGGAGGCCCACCAGCCCUCCCGGCCAGCCAUCUUGGGUGCCCCUGUUAUACUGGAAUGGAGGGGGUUGUAGCCCACGUCAGCCAUUCCUCUCCUGUCUGAUCCAUGCGGGAAGAGCCCCACCAAGGCCAUGCGAGCCCUUGAGCCACGCCCAGUCUGCUGGGGCUUUCCACCCGGCCUGUCCCAUCGCAGCCAACAGGUUUGAGGCAGCCAGAGGCUCGCUGGGCUGGACACCACAUACAGGCUGCUGUGUUGCUGACGCACCUUCUAAGGAGCAGACGUGUUGCCUGGGCAGGGACCGCCAUGGUGCAGCAGGCUGCUGACUUUGCGCAAGCACCCUUUUCGGACUUCACGGGGAGGACGCUUGCGAGCAGCCCUCUCUCUUUGCCGGAGAUGCGUCAGCGAGGGCUUGGGGAAGACCCUUGGCACAUUGGUUCCUUGCCCCAUUCCUGCCAGGUUCACUGGAGGCUAGGAACCGUGUGGCCGAGCUGGCCUGGCUCCAACAGUGCUUCCAGAGCCCAACGUGUAGCCAGUGGGCACAGAUUCAGGGCCGCAGAGUGACCCUGCCUUGUUCUGUGGGCAGUUGCUUUUUUCCCGUUUGUGGGGCUGAAGCCCCGAAUGUAAAGCUAGUUCAGAUGUCUCCUCCCCUCCCUCCCUCCGCUGAACAGUCUGUGUUUCUGGACCUUUGGUGUCUUUCCCGCUGCAGCAACGGAGGGGAUCCGUGUUUUCCCAGCCGCGCCCGCACACCUGCAGGAUGCCACCUCCCCCUCUGUUCCAGCUCGUUCAAAAUAGCUGCUUUCGUCCAAUCUACUGUGUGGGUCAUUCUAGGGAUUUGUGAAUGCUACUGUUUAGGAAGUAACUAGCUUUAUCCGUUUAAAUGCAGGUCCCUUUGAAGAGACUUUGGUGAGAUGUAAUAUGGGGUUCCACAAUCUUUUAAUAUGGAGACAAGUGCAAUAUGUGUGUGGUACGUUCUUUAAUGUAUUUUUUAAAAAGAGUUAAAAGGAUUUAGCCUUCACUUGGGGAAGCAUGCACUGAGGCGGCAAACACCUCUGUGGGUGCAUCCCUCUGUAGUAUUUACAAGCUGGACUCUGUCAAAGCAAUUGCAAUGUGUUGAUGCAAAAUAAAGAACCUGGACCUUC